AGUUUUUGAGUUUUGAUAUUUGGAGAAGACAAUAAUGGCAAGUAACAAUAUGGAUCUUUCGCCUGUGGAGCUUCCUGCGGCGCCUCUGUCUUGGAAGAAACUGCUCAUGCCGAAAAAGGGUGUUAGAGCAAAGAAGAAUGAGGUUGUAUUUGUUGCUCCAACAGGAGAGGAGAUAAGGAAUAAGAGGCAGUUGGAGAAGUACCUGAAAACACACAAUGGAAAUCCUGGUAUGUCAGAAUUUGAUUGGACUACUGGUGAGGCUCCGAGGAGAUCAGCACGGAUCAGUCAGAAGGUUAAGGCAAUGCCACUUCCAGCAGUGCUUGAGCCGGCAAAGAAGCGACAGCGUACGUCUUAUGCUACAAAAAAAGAAGAGGAAAUGGAUAUCGCAGAUAUAGAGAAGGAAAACAUGGAAUCUGCCAUAGAAGAAAAGGAAGGCUUGGAGAAGGAGGAGAAUGUAGUAGAAGAUGAAAUGGUGGACACAGAGCACAAGAAAGAAGAGGAAUUGUCUGGUGGAGAUGUCUUGCAGAGGCAGAAAUAUGAAGCCAGUAAUGACGUUCCAGCCAAGGAUGGAGGCAAACUGGCUCAAAAUGGCAUAGAGGAGACUAUAGUAGAAGUUGAAAUGGAGGACAAGGGGGAUGAGAUGGGCGCUAAUAAGGAAAACACAGAGCAUAAAAAAGAAGAGGAAAUGGCUGGUACAGAGGUUUCAGAUAGGAAAACUGAGGCCAGCAAUGACAUUCAGUUUGAGGAUGGAGAUAAAAUGGCUGAAAAUGUUACAGAGGAGACUAUAGCAAUUGAUGCCGACUUCUGGAAUGAUUCCAUGGACAAGGACUAUUUGAAGGGAGUGUUUGCAAAUGCUGCAUUUGGAGAAACAAAUGGUGCUGAAGCAGGAAUAGAAGUCGGGGAGAAACCAGGAUACGGGGAAAAUAUUGAGUCCCAGAUUGAUAUAGACAUUAGUGGAGCAGAUAACAUGAAUCACGACAUUCCAGAUAAGGGUACACCAGAAAGAAAUGUCGCAGGAGGAGAGACGUGUUAUGGAGAAGCUAGUGGUUUCCGUGAAGAGCCUAGUUCGGUGGAGGAGGAGAAAAAUAAGAACAGGGCUGGCCUGGUUAUGGAUAAUGGCCAGAUUAACCAGCCAGAGCGAGCACAUACCCCACAACAUCAAUCUGCUGCUACCAUUAGUUGUUGAGUGUAGCAUCUAAAAUAAAUUAGGCCUUCGCCCAGUGCAUGUUUAAUCCGUACUAGGACGAUUAUAAUAGUUUGCUUAGUAGUUUAGGAAUUAGCGUUUUAGAGAUCAACUUUCCUGAUCUUUCUGUGAUCUGUACUUUGUGAUAUAUUGUGGUCUUCUAGUAUCUUACUAACAUAAAUAAAUGUCAACUUGUUCAUUGUGA